AUGGCAGGCCCAGUUCUUGCCAAUCAUUUGCCUCCGCUGGAUGAUACGAUGGGUGCAUUAUAUAUCGGUGUCCUUGUCUCGGCGCUUCUCUACGGAGUAUCUUUCCUGCAGACGGUCUAUUACUUCUUCUCAAGCCGUAACGACUGGAUCGGUCUGAAGUUCCUGGUUGGAGUCGUGUCGGUACUGGAUACAAUCCACCAAGGGAUGAUCACGCACGCUGCCUACAUCUAUAUGAUCACGAACUUCAUGAACCCGAGCACCCUUGAUACCGUUGUUUGGACACUCAUAGCCGAGACUCUCAUCAAUGCUCUUCUGGCUCUCUGCGUCCAAGCGUUCUUCGUCUGGCGGAUCUAUACAUUGCAUCGUGAUGGGCUCCGGCUGCCUGUACUCCUUGGACUCCUGUCUCUGACACGGUUUUGUCUUAUCGCCACAUGGGUCGGGAAGAGUGCGCGUCUUAGGACUUGGGUCAAUCUUUCGUCUCUGAAGAACCUCUCGCAAUCUGCCACCGUCAUCACCUUGGUCUCCGAAUGCUCCAUCGCAGCAGCUCUGCUCUAUCUCAUGUACAAGGCACGCUCAUCCGCGAGUAGUAGCUCGCACAGUCCCGAACUGAUGAAGUAUAUCCUUAAUACUGGUCUUCUCACAAGCAUCGACGCAUUAUGUCUAGUCAUCGCUUACGCCGCUCGUCCUGAUGCUAUGAUCUCCAUCGCUUUCUUCUUCGUUCUCGGGCGCUUAUACAGCAACUCCCUUCUCGCGACGCUCAACGCCCGGGGAAAGCCCUCCUCCCUGAAGAUGAUACAUCUCAAGAUCGACUCGGAGUCUCGCGCGAGCUCGAGUUUCGUGCUCAGCGAUGUUACCGCCGAUUAUAAGUUCAGCUACGUAGGCAACGAAUGCUAUGCAGAAAGAUCCGCCAGAGAGGUCUGGGAUACGGAGCUUGGCGUAGUCUUGGACGAGUCGUCUCGUUGA